AUGUCAGAACUUAGUGAAAAACUAAAAGGUCUUAAAUUUAUGCAGAAAUCUACGAAGGACACCAAACGAGAAACUGAAAAAUCUUUCAGCACAUUUUUUUGCAAAAACAUUACAUACACGUUUAUUUCUAAAAAGUGA